GAGGUUAUUAGUGGUUCCAUUGCCAUUUUAUAAAUUGGACGUCCUGAUGGGAGAUUGUUCGGCGACCAAACACAGACCUACUUCGAGAAUCUGGUGCUCCCUUCAUCAACAUUACUUAGAAAACUGAAGCAAGUCCAAUGGCGAUGAAGAAGCUCUCUUCCCCUUGCCUACUCCUCAUCUGUUUCGCUCUACUCAUCACAUCCUUCUGCGCCACCGUGAGGUCCUCUUCGUCGAGACAGGGUUUCACUGCCCAUCUCAUCCACCGCGACCACAUCCACCACCCCGGCAAACCUCCUUCGCAGCGCUAUGCCGAUGCGUUCCGACGCUCCUUUGCUAGGGUCCAACGCCGUUUCGACAUGUACGUUCCUAUCCCGCCUUCAUUCCAUCUCGACAUGGCUCAGUCCGAAAUUCUCCCGGAUAACGGCGAAUAUGUCCUCAAGGUGUCGAUAGGGACCCCGCCCUUCGAUGUCUAUGCCAUCGCCGAUACCGGCAGCGACCUCUUCUGGGCUCAGUGCCUCCCUUGCGAUCAGUGUUACCCUCAGAAAAAGCCCAAGUACAACCCGCAAUCGUCCUCCACAUACCGCGACGUCGCUUGCCCAUCCCAGCAGUGCCACCUCCUGGACACCACCUCCUGCGCUCCUCCCUCCAAUACGUGCAACUACACCUACGGAUACGCUAGUACGUCCCUGACGAAGGGCGUCCUCGCGACAGAGACGCUGACCUUCGCAUCCACCGUGGGGCCGCCAGUGAAGCUCCCAAACGUAGUGUUUGGCUGCGGCCACAACAACACCGGCGUCUUCAACGACAACGAGAUGGGGAUUGUCGGGCUCGGGAAAGGCCCCGUCUCGCUCAUCUCACAGAUAGGCACGUCGUUCGGGGGCAGGCGGUUCUCUCAGUGCCUAGUCCCCUUCCACACCCCGCCAACCGUCACGAGCAAGAUGAGCUUCGGCAGCGGCAGCGAGGUCUCAGGGUCCGGCACAGUCACGACCAGCCUCGUGGCCUUGCAAGACCCGACCUACUACUUCGUGACUCUGGACGGGAUCACCGUUGGGAGCACCUACCUGCCUUUUAACUCUUCUGGGGCGGGCGCCAUCACGAAGGGGAACAUGUUCCUUGACUCAGGGACGCCUCCGACGAUCGUGCCGAGGGAUUUCUACAACAGGUUGGAAGCAGAGGUGAAGAGAGUGGUGAAGUUGCCACCCAUCGACGAUCCUCAGCUAAGGCCGCAGCUGUGCUACGGGAGCGACGUGCUGGCGAAGGGGCCGGUGCUAACGGCGCAUUUCGACGGCAAAGCGGACGUGGAGUUGAAGCAGACGAGCACGUUCAUAGAGGCUAAGGAUGGCAUAUUUUGCUUCGCCAUGACUCCCACUGACAGCCCAGGUGGGAUAUUCGGCAACUUCGCUCAGACUGAUUAUUUGAUCGGGUUCGACCUCGAUAGGAAUACUGUUUCUUUCAAGCCAACAGACUGCACCAAGCUUUGAACCCUCUUCUUUUCAUUUCGUCAUUAUUUGGGUGAAUAAAUUUACUAAAAAAAGAUUUAUUUCUCAA